AUGGAAGAAAUAGAGCAAAUCCAUGAAGGGUUUCUUGGUGCAGUUAAAUUGGAUGCUCAUCGUCAUCUUUUAUUCCCUACAAACACCUCUUCUAAAUGCAUUGUGUGUUCUAAAGAGAGACAUGAAAACACCAAAGGCUUCUCUUGUAAUCAAUGUAAGUUGUAUUUUCACAAAGACUGCAUUGAGAUCACCAUCCCUUCUCAUCAUAGACAUCCUCUCAAGCUCCACGAUCGUAAGAAGCCUUAUAGUAUACGUAACCGAUGUUUUCUUUGUGGAUACACGUUUUUGGAUAUGUUCUACUACUGUUCACGUUGUGUGUUCGACGUGUGUAUGUCUUGUCUAAAGAUGCCACUGAUUAUCGACCGGCCGAGAGCUCACGAGCACCCGCUUUCCCUUAUGCCCAUCAAUUCAAUCUCCUUCACUUGUGAGGCUUGUGGUUGUGGAGCUGGUGGCUCAUAUCCUUGUAUCUGUCUUCGGUGUAGCUUCAUCAUCCAUAAAGAUUGCAUUGAUCUACCACGUGUCAUAUGUAUCAAUCGUCAUGAUCACCGAAUUUCUCAUGUUGAUAUUCUGAGUCCAGAGGAAUGGAGUUGUGGAGUUUGCCAUAUGUCUAUUAACAGCCAAUAUGGGGCCUAUUCUUGUUCGGUUUGUCAUUUCGCAGUUCAUACCAAAUGCGCGAUAAGGGCUGAUGUGUGGGAUGGGAGAGAACUUGAGGGUAUACAUGACGAAGAUGGGAAUGCUAAAACUGUGGAUGCUGCGCCAUUUGAGGUAAUUGAUGACCAAGUUAUAAUACACUUUAGUCAUGAGCAUACAUUAAGACUUUUUUAUCAAGAUGUUCUUAUUCCCGACAAGAAUCAAAGAUGCAACGCAUGCGUCCUUCCAUUCUACUACGGCGCAGGCUACAUUUGCAUGGAUUGUGAUUUCAUUCUUCAUCAAACAUGCGCUAAUCUUCCACGGAUGAAAAGGCAUGAGUUACACAACAAUCAGCUGACUCUUUACCCCAAUCAAAAAUCAGGAGAAGAACUUGAAUUUGGCAAAAGUUUUUUCAGAUGUUCUGCUUGUAAAACACUAAACGGCGGUUUUAGAUACGAGAAUGGGAGUAUAAAGUUGGAUGUUCGAUGUGCUAUGAUCUCUGGGGAGUUUCGUCAUGAAAGUCAUCCUCAUUCCUUAUUCAUCGUCUCAUCUUAUUUUGGAACUUGCUCGAUUUGCAUCGGAUUCGUAAAUGAUUUGCUUAGUUGUGUUGAAUGUUCUCAUUUCUUUAUGUGCUUUAAAUGCGCUACCUUACCUAAUGAGGUCUUCUACAAGCACGACAAACAUCCUCUCUACCUGCGCUAUUACAGACAUGAGUAUUGUCAUUAUUGGUGUGAGGUCUGCGAGAAACCAACUAAUCCAUAUAGGUGGUUUUACUCAUGUGAAACAUGUGCUUCGACUCUGCAUAUCGACUGCCUACUUGGUAAAUCUCCUUACAUGAAGCCAGGACACAGUUUCCUUUUAAAUAGCCUCGAGUACCAAGUGGUUUCUAACAAUCAUGCAUCUCGACAGUUUUGCAUAGUCUGUCACUUGCGGUGCGAAGAUGCUUUUGUAAUUCAAAACAAGAACGAGAUUCUUACAUCAUCCAUAUGCUCCCUAGUCUGUCUCUAUUCUCUUGUGGGGUAUGACCGUAUGGAGAUGCAACAAUGUAUUGAAUCGUAA